CGUGACCGUAAUACUAUUGUAAUGGAGUUUCCUAUCUCCUCAGAAGUAUAUCUGCAUGGGCCAGUUCAAGAACGGUGUGAUUAUGGUGACCUAGGUGGAGAUUGUAUAUGGCACAUAUUGAUCCACAACCACCACACCGGAGAAACCUUAACUCAAAAGCUAUUGAACAACGGUUCGCACCGUUUUUGGAAACGUGUAGUUCAGUACCAGUUUCGAUGUGCAGUACAAUUCGCCACGCAACGUAGCAAACGUUGAAUCGAACUGAACAAACCUCCAGUGGAAGUAAAUAUCGGAUGACGAUAUAAGGUCACGUGUGAUUGUUUCUGCAGGAAAUUGACAGUGUCGGUCUUCAAAAUGGAAAUGAUUAGCCAGCGACAUUUUCACACAUUGAAGAAGUUUCUCACCUGAUUUACGCUAUGCUUACUUUUUGAACUACGAUAUCAAAUCACCAAAAAAAACGUUAGCUAACUUGCUAGGACAACGUGCUGUCAGCAACGCUAGCUAGCUAACACAACGUUACGUUAGCUAGCUAGCCAGCCAGCAACAUUUCUCUGAUUAGCUAGCCGGUUUGGACCACAGCUAUAUUUACAGGUUUUGACAUACACGGUCAAAAUGGAGCUGUUUCAAGCCAAAGACCAUUACAUUCUCCAGAGUGGCGAUCAUGCUCUUUGGUGUAGCCGAAUAGAUGGGACCAUGAAUGUCAGACCUGCAACAGACUUGCUGUUAGCUUGGAACCCAACGUGUUUAGGCCUGGUUGAGGGUCUUGUCGGGAAAAUACAACUUCAUACAGAUCUUCCUCUGGGUCUCAUACUAAUCCGUCAGAAAGUGCUUGUUGGCCAGAUGCCAGGUGACCACAAAGUCUACAAGAUCACCAAGAUAGCUGUCAUUCCUCUGUCUGAGGAAGAGCCUCUGGAUCUGGAGCUGGAGCUUUGUAAGAAGCAUCACUUUGGGAUCGACAAACCAGAGAAGCUUGCACAGUCUCCAGAUGAGUCGAAGUUCCUGAUGAAAACUCUGAGUCAGAUCAAGUCUAAUGUUGGGGCUCCCACGAAGAAAAAGUAUUCCCCUGCCUUUCAGGUCAAGGAAAACAAAGAAAAGGAGCGUCUCGAGAGGCGGCUGCUCGAUGAGUUGUACAAGAUAUUCAUGGACUCCGAUUCCUUCUACUACAGCAUGACCUAUGACCUCACCAACACUGUGCAGCGGCAGGGAGACACAGAGAAGUCAAACUUGCCCCUAUGGAAGCAGGUGGAUGACAGAUUCUUCUGGAACAAACACAUGGUCCAGGAGCUCAUCGAUCUGCAGGUUCCAGAGGUGAACUUCUGGGUGACGCCCAUCAUCCAGGGCUUUGUGCAGGUGGAGGAGCUGGUGGUGAACUACAACGAGAGUCCAGAUGAGGAGAAGAACAGCCCCGACACGCCGCUCCAGGAGCUCACCUGCGUGGACGACAUCCACCCGCGCUUCACCGUGGCCCUCAUCUCCCGCCGCAGUCGCCACCGUGCAGGGAUGCGGUACAAACGCAGAGGGGUGGACACAGACGGCCACGUGGCUAACUUUGUGGAGACCGAGCAGCUGAUCCACGUGCACAACCACUCGCUGUCCUUUGUGCAGAGUCGCGGCUCGGUGCCCGUCUUCUGGAGCCAAGCAGGCUACCGCUAUAACCCCAGGCCUCGGCUGGAGAAAGGAGAGAAGGAGACAAUUCCUUACUUUGCUGCGCACUUUGAUGAACAGCUCAACCUUUACAAGAAGCAGGUCAUCAUUAACUUAGUGGAUCAAAGUGGGCGGGAGAAGAUUAUUGGCGAUGCAUAUCUCAAACAAGUCCUUCUAUACAACAAUCCUAACCUGACAUAUGUCUCUUUUGACUUCCAUGAGCACUGUCGAGGUAUGAAGUUUGAAAAUGUGCAAACGCUGACAGAUGCCAUCUCCGAUAUUAUUGCAGACAUGAGAUGGGGGUGGGUCGACCAGGCAGGAGUCAUCUGCCACCAGGAGGGCAUUUUCCGGGUGAACUGCAUGGACUGUCUGGACAGGACCAAUGUAGUCCAGGCUUCCAUCGCUCGUGCUGUAAUGGAGGCACAGCUGAAGAAACUGGGUGUGAUGCCCCCUGAGCAGCCUCUGCCCCUCAAGUGCUACAGGAUCUACCAGGUCAUGUGGGCCAACAACGGCGACACCAUCAGUAGACAGUACGCCGGCACGGCCGCCCUCAAGGGAGACUUCACCAGAACGGGGGAGAGAAAACUGGCCGGGGUGAUGAAAGAUGGCGUGAACUCAGCCAACCGUUACUAUCUGAACCGCUUCAGGGACGCAUACAGACAAGCAGUCAUUGAUCUGAUGAUGGGGCAUCCUGUGACGGAGGACCUAUACUCCAUCUUUAGUAAGGAGAAGGAGCAUGAGGAGAAGGAGCAGGAGAGCCAGAGAGUAACCCAGGAGCAGGUCAGCCUCCUGCUGCAGACCUACAUGCAGCUGCUGCUGCCCGACGAUGAGAAGUUUCAUGGGGGCUGGGCCCUUAUCGACUGUGACAUGAGCCUUAUUGAUGCAACCAGCAAGGAUGUGGAUGUUCUCCUGCUGCUAUCCAACAGUGCAUAUUACGUUGCAUAUUAUGAUGAGGAAGCUGACAAGGUCAAUCAGUACCAACGCCUCAACUUAGAGGGUUUGGAAAAGAUUGAAAUAGGCCCAGAACCCACUCUGUUCGGGAAGCCCAAAUUCUGCUGUAUGCGUCUACACUAUAAUAAUGGGGAGACAAGUGGUUAUUUUCACACACUAAGGGCCCUCACAAGGAAUCCUGAGGACGAUGGUAAAGACACGUUGCAGUGCAUCGCAGAGAUGCUUCGCCUAACUAAGCAAGCCAUGGGACUUGACCUGCAGGUGGUUGAAAAGAAACUGGAGAGGAGGCACAGUAAACCUCACGAGGACAUCAUGGGCAUCCAGGGCAGACACCCAGACCAGGUCCUGGGCAGCUCUGGUCUGGCUCAGGGCAAGAGCUUCCUCCUCAACAAGUUCUCCUCCCUCAACCAGAGGGUGAAGAAGUCCAACGUCAACAUGGGCUCCUUCAAGGGGAGACUGGGAAACACCUUCUCCACCAAGCCGGACGUGAAGGUGAACUUUCUGAAACCCACCAUGGGGGUCACCCUCUGGAAGUCUGAUAGCAGCUUGGAGACGUCGGACGGGGCCAACAUCGGCCCGGCUCUGAAGGACCUCUGUGACAACCACUCAGAGAUGUCAUCAGACUCGGACUCCUACAACUCGGACGAACAACUGCGCUCCAGCUCCUUGGAGAAUGUGGACUACGUGCUGCCCAGCUGCGGCAUCGUGGCGUCGGCUCCGCGACUAGGCAGUCGAGGCAGCGUGGAGCUCAACAUCCGGGUCACUGGCUGCGACAGUAACAGUAAGCAGGAGGCUCCGGCUCUAGCCAGUCCUGAAGACCAGUCCCCCGGGGUUACCUCGGAGGCUGAGGAGGCCAUCCUGAUAGACUUUGGAACUCCAAUUGAUGCCUAUUGCCACCAAUUCAUCCAAGACGCGCAGACCAAACCUGUGGAGGUGUUCGGGGAGCAGGUGGCUUGUAGCCUCCCCACACAGAACCCACAAGUCCCUCCACAUGCUAAAGGCCCCCUGGCCCCAGACGGACACCCAGGUUCAGAUCAGCAGGAGGAGGAGCUCCAGCUCCCUCCCAGGCCGUCCCAGCUAGAUGUUGCCUCCGGCCCCAAUCUCCUGACCGUCCAGAAGCCCAUCUCUGCAGCUUCCGGCAGCUCCCAGAGGAGCCUGGGAUCUCACAUGGAGGGCAGCCUGGGCCCCUCACCCGCCGACAGCAACGGCAGUCGCGUGGUCUCCCCCUUUGCCAAGAUCAAGAGCUCCAUGGUGCAGGUGGCCAGCCUGACCCAAGCUGGACUCACCCAAGGCAUCAACUUUGCUGUGGCGAAGGUGCAGAAGAGCCCAGAGCCAGAAAUGGCCACUCUAAACGAGACCCAAGAGAACGAGCUGAAGGCAAUGUUUACACAGUGCCAGACCAGGAUCAUACAGAUCUAGCACUUCCCAAGUUGUAGCCUCUAAAAGCAGGUUUUUGUACAGUUUCUAUGUGACUUCCAGUACAGUAGCAUAAGCUGACUCUGCUUAGAACCCCACUCUUCAAUUUCCUCUAUAGUUGACAUGACCAUGUUUACAGCCAGUGUUGUGUAGUGUGUGUAUAAUACUCCAGCUCUAUAUGACAGCGUCCUUAAUCCUGUUGCAUUUCCUUUCGAGAGAUUUUCCAGAUAUAUUUGCAUGUCAGGCUAUUGGUAAUAACUAAGGCAGGUAAUAUCCAGUGUAUGUUGAGAGGCAAGCUCUGGAUUUAUCAUUUUGGUGAUCCCAUAUGUGCAGUGCACCAAUUUGGCAUUUGUGAUAAUAGGCCUAGUUUAUAGCUCUGUUACCAAAAGAAGUACAAGUUUUUGACCAUUUUUCUCUUGAUUUUCAAAUGGCAGCUCCAUGUUAGAUAGUCCCCUAAUAAGAAAACAAACUGCUUGUAGAAUCAGUGUUGCCGAGUUUCUCCCUACCGAUAUUGGAAAUGUACCACGGUAGGACUUAAUCAAGGUACAAGAACUCCGGUUAGAGUAUACUGUUUUGAUAUGUAAAUAUUGUACUGUAUGUACAGUGCCUAUCAUACAUAUUUAUCCCCGUUGGAUUUCUUCACAUUUUGUUACACAAGUGGGAUUAAAAUGGAUUUAAUU